UACUAUGGAGCUCUCAAUGAGCCUCUUAUUAUUCUUUACAAGGUAACAAGAGUGGUUUGGAUUUUUUUUUAAUGUUUAAUAGUAUGUAGGAAAGCACACAAAAGGUAUUUCUUACAGCGCUCCCAUACCGUGCACUGAGAGAUAUGGGAGGGAGAAAACCAUCACAUACGGCUUAGGGUGAUCUGUUGAUAUGUUCUGAACCACUUUCACAGUAUCACAGUAUGUUUGGGAUUGGAAGGGACCUGGAAAGCUCAUCCAGUCCAAUCCCCCAUGGAGCAGGAACACCCAGAUGAGGUUGCACAGGAAGGUGUCCAGGCGGGUUGGAAUGUCUGCACAGAAGGAGACUCCACAACCCCCUGGGCAGCCUGGGCCAGGCUCUGCCACCCUCACCAUGAAGAAGUUUCUUCUCAAAUUUAAGCAGAACCUCUUGUGUUCCAGCUGGCACGUAUUUCUUGUUUGGAUGCCUGUGCUGCAUCCCAGAGUGGUUUGUUUUCUCCUAGGGGGCGAUGGCGAUGCAGCUGGAGGCAAACGCAGACACCUCGGCGGAGGACGAGAGCUUUGGGCCACAGCUCGUCUCCAGGCUGGAGCAAUGUGGCAUAAACGCAAAUGACGUGAAGAAAUUAGAAGAAGCGGGAUUUCACACAGUUGAGGCUGUUGCUUACGCACCAAAGAAGGAGCUGCUAAAUAUUAAAGGCAUCAGUGAAGCCAAAGCUGACAAAAUCUUGGCUGAGGCAGCUAAACUGGUUCCGAUGGGUUUCACCACAGCAACGGAGUUCCACCAGCGAAGGUCGGAGAUCAUCCAGAUCACCACCGGCUCCAAAGAACUCGAUAAACUUCUUCAAGGAGGAAUAGAAACAGGGUCCAUAACAGAGUUAUUUGGGGAGUUCCGUACUGGGAAAACACAGCUGUGCCAUACCCUGGCUGUAACCUGUCAACUGCCCAUCGACCGGGGAGGCGGGGAAGGAAAAGCCAUGUACAUCGACACCGAGGGCACCUUCCGCCCGGAGCGGCUCCUCGCCGUGGCCGAACGGUAUGGCUUGUCUGGCAGUGACGUCCUGGAUAACGUGGCGUACGCUCGAGGUUUUAACACGGAUCACCAGACCCAGCUCCUGUAUCAGGCGUCUGCUAUGAUGGCCGAGUCCCGGUACGCGCUGCUGAUCGUGGACAGCGCCACGGCGCUGUACCGCACCGACUACUCGGGCAGGGGCGAGCUGGCGGCGCGGCAGAUGCACCUGGCGCGGUUCCUGCGGAUGCUGCUGCGCCUGGCCGACGAGUUCGGCGUGGCGGUCGUGAUCACCAACCAAGUGGUGGCGCAGGUGGACGGAGCUGCCAUGUUCGCUGCAGAUCCCAAAAAACCCAUCGGAGGAAACAUCAUCGCCCACGCUUCCACCACGAGACUGUAUCUGCGAAAAGGCCGCGGUGAAACCAGAAUCUGCAAGAUUUACGACUCGCCGUGCCUGCCCGAGGCUGAAGCCAUGUUUGCCAUCAACGCUGACGGCGUGGGCGACGCUAAAGACUGACCACAGCGCCUCGUGCCCCGGGGCACCCGCGGCUGGUGGCCGCAAAAUCUCCUUUCUCUGGCCCCUUCCGGAUCUCCAGCCGCUGGUCAAGCGCCAGCAGAAUCUGCUCAACUUCAGCCUGAGAGCCCGUCAGGUGAACACGCUUUGAGCCACGUCUCGAUGUUGCUCGGAAGAGCCCCGCGCUCUGGGUGUUGGUCACAAGUGACACUAAGGGGAUGUCUCAGGAUCGUAUUUUCCUCCGGGCUGCUGCUCCAGCUGAUCUUCCCGGUGAUGCAGCGCAGUAAAGGCAAAGAGCGUGUGGCUGCAGUUGGUAACUCGGUGAAUUUGAAAUAGCAUCGAUGGCUUUGUCAAAUAAGAAAAGUGUUGACUUAACUACUUAAGGGAUUGCUCUAAUUGUCAGAUAAAGCAGAAGGGUUUUCCACAGUGCCAUGGCAGGGAUUGGUGAUGGUCACAAUCCCCCUUCUUUAUGUUCAUUUUGGCUGCAAAAUGCUGGGUUUGGGCAACUGUUAAUUUACAUUUCAGUUACAUUCCUUUUUGUAUUUCAUUAAUUCUCUGUAGAAAUCUGCUUUUAAUAAAAAGGCCCAUGAAAAUAGCGAUGACAGUACAGGUUUCUGGUUCUGCAGGUAGGAAGAAAAUUCGCAACUCUUCAUCGCUCGGUCUGGGUUCUUGCUGCUGCUGCCGGGCGUGCGCCGACCCGUGCUGCGCUGCCCCGCACGGGCUUCAAAGAGCUUGUUGAGGUUAAAAAGGUUCUUUAGUAUUAUGCACUAUUUUUAUGUAAGCCAUCUAUUGUGAUUAAAGAGAAGAAUAUCACAGUG